UUUAUGAACCUCGUGAAACAAACCGCAAUCCUUUCAUUAAAUACGCAUUGUUCAGCAAAACAAAGCUAAUACUAUUUAGUGUAUUUCCAUGCCCCGUUUUUACAUUCUGUUACACUAUGUCAUGUUUAUGUGGAUGAAAGAGCGUUGAUGAAAUGUUUGAUAUAUGAACCGCAACAGAACAGUUGUACGGACAGGUCUGAAAAUUCUCAAGAUAUAAAAUCUUAAGGACUUGGUGAAUCAGAGCAUGAAGACUAAAAGUUCUGCUGUCCAGCAUGACGUCAGGCUUCAUGAGGGUUAAAUCCAGCGCACGCGUUUCCACUCUGACUGGUUAAGCGCCUCCUUUCCUCCAAAGGCAUUUCCUGCCGUCCGCGCUCCAGAAUACACAGCUGUACGCCAGCGGUUAUGGCAUGCUAUGGACCGCUAUUUUAUCUUUCCAUCAUCUUCCAUCUCUUGAGGAUGCAGGUGUGCGCGGUUAACUUCCAACUUCCAAUUGUAUCGCGUUUGGAAAACGGCGUUUCGAGCGGCCUUUCCACAUUUUGAGACUGCAUACGGCACGAGCGUUACUUUGUUUCGGGACGAACGUGAGCGUCGCACAGUUCCAUUCCAUUUAGUAGAUGAUUGACGGUUCCUGAGGUGUGAUCUGAACCCCAUCAAACCCAAACAGAGCCGUUCUAGAUCUGACAUGAAGUCGUUCGGAUACGUCUAGAUCUCCUCCUGCCACGUUUCGGUCUUCGAGGGCUGAAGUUGCGUCUGCAACAGAGGUGGACAGACUGGCCGGCACAAUGAAGGAGGAGAACUUGUUCCGCAGACGGUUCUCUCUCUGUCCCACAGCCACCUCGCCUCCCAAGAUCGACCCGCGUGCGCUGACCCGCAACCUGUCCUAUGGAGGAGACAAUGAACUGUACCCUCUCAGCCCAGGGAAUGAAUCGGAGAGGAACGGUUUGCCCUUACUGAGGGAUGAGGUCAGCCCUGUCCGCUCGCCCAGCAGCACGUCGGAAUCCAGGAUGUUUAUCGCUUUGGAGAAGGAGUCUUCCUCGCCCACGGAGAAGCUGGCAAGGAAAGAAUCGCUUAAGGUUCAGAAGAAGAACUAUCGACAGGAGAAGAAGAGGGUCGCCAAAGAAUUGUUCAGUGCACUUAAGGAUCCAAGUGUGGUUAUUAUGUCCAACUGGCUAAAGAUUCGAGGCACAUUGAAGAGUUGGACGAAAUUAUGGUGCGUCCUGAAGCCCGGCAUUCUCCUGAUAUACAAGACGCCCGGGUCAGACCACUGGGUGGGAACGAUUCUUCUCAACGCCUGCAAACUCAUCGAAAGACCCUCAAAAAAGGACGGAUUCUGCUUCAAACUCUACCAUCCGCUGGACAAGUCCAUAUGGGCCAUGAAGGGCCCUAAAGGCGAAUCUGUGGGCUCCAUCACUCAACCCUUACCUAGUAAUUACCUGAUCUUCAGAGCAGCGUCUGAAUCUGAUGGACGCUGUUGGAUGGACGCUCUGGAGCUGGCUCUCAGCUGCUCCAGCCUGUCGAAGAAGGCGGCGAAGAGCGGCAGGGAUGGAGAUCUGAGCGGCUCUUCCGAGUCCUCACACAUACUGCAGCUGCUGCAGAGCUCGGCUCUCACCGACCAGGACCUGCUGCAUUUGAAUGACUCCAUGUUGGAAAACCAUAUGGAGAAUGAUGCCAACUCGGACAAAUCAGAGAGGGAGGCGCAUGAAGACUCGGACAAUGCAGCCAAUGAGAACGGAGGCAGACUGACGGAGGAGAGUGAUAUGGACCAAUCGGAUGACGUGUGCCUGCAGGCCACGGUGUUUGUUGAAGAAGCCCAUGAAGAGAUGGGAGAGGCUGGCGAGUCGUCACAGGUGGAGACGGUCUCUGAGGAGAAUAAGGGUUUGAUUUGGACUCUCCUGAAGCAGCUGAGGCCAGGGAUGGACCUGUCUAAAGUAGUUUUGCCGACGUUUAUCCUGGAGCCACGUUCAUUUCUGGACAAGCUGUCGGAUUACUACUAUCAUGCCGACCUGCUGUCCCAGGCUGUGAUGGAGGAGAGCCCGUACAGCAGGAUGAAGCAGGUCUUGCGCUGGUAUCUGUCAGGCUUCUACAAGAAACCAAAGGGGCUGAAGAAACCGUACAACCCUAUUCUAGGAGAGAUGUUUCGAUGCUGCUGGCUGCAUCCACAAACAGACAGCUGUACAUUUUACAUCGCAGAGCAGGUUUCUCAUCACCCUCCCGUUUCGGCUUUCUACAUCAGCAAUAGGAAGGACGGAUUCUGCAUUAGUGGAAGUAUUCUGGCCAAAUCCAAGUUUUAUGGGAACUCGCUGUCUGCUAUACUCGAUGGAAAGGCCAGACUCAUGUUUCUCUCACGAGAUGAAGAGUAUAUCAUCACAAUGCCGUACGCUCACUGUAAAGGGAUUCUGUAUGGUACAAUGACAUUAGAACUUGGCGGGAAAAUCACCAUUGAGUGUGAAAAAACACAAUGUUACACAGAACUUGAAUACAAAUUGAAGCCUUUUCUUGGCAGCUCUUGCAACGUUAACCAGAUUUCUGGAAAGAUCCGUAUGGGGGAAGACGUUCUGGCUACAGUAGACGGGCACUGGGACAGUAAAGUGCACCUGACUGAGAAGAGGACGGGCCAGCAGGAGGUGCUGUGGAACCCCGGUCCAGACAUACGCAGACAGCGGCUGAAGAGACAGGUGGUGCAGAUGGACCAGCAGGAGGCGUUCGAGUCUGAGAGGCUGUGGCAGCAUGUGACCAGAGCGAUUAACGAUAAAGACCAGAUGAGAGCCACACAGGAGAAGUUUGUGCUGGAAGAGGCUCAGCGGCAGGAGGCCCGAGAGCGAGCCGAGCGGCCCUGGAACCCACGACUCUUCACCUUCAACACCGACACCAAUGAAUGGCACUACAAAUACGUCGACACUAAGCCGUGGGAUCCGGACCACUGUCUGGUGCAGUUUGAGAAAGACGGCGUCAUCCAGACAAAAGAGAAAUCCCAGCGCCAGCACAGGAACUUCUCUUACAGCCAGAACUGGGCUGCACAGCAGAAGGUGCGGGUGAAUGGCAAACACAGGAAGUCGAGCAGCCAGCCGUCCAGCUGCAGUCAGAACACAGAGAGCAGCAGCAGCACACCAGAACCCAACCAUGAGUCAUCCGACAACGAAGGCUUUAUGAACCAGUGUGCGAGAUGCACAAAAGAAGUGAAGGACAUCGCCCUCAUAGAGGCCUCGGUAGCAGCUAUACAGAAAACACAGCAGGACAUCCAGAGAAACCUGAGUGCACUGGGACGUCAGAUCACGCGGCACAAGAUGGCGGAGGAGAGCAAGUCCUUGAGCGGCCGCCACUGUCUCAUCCUCUGCAUGCUGUUGCUCUUCCAGCUACUCAUCAACUACGUCUUCACUUGAGAUGCUGUCACCUAGCGACCAUCGCCUAGCAAUAAACACAGCCAAACCAUCACCGUCACACAGCCCCUUGAAUGCCCCGUCGCGAUGUUGCUACCGACCGUAGCCGCACCAUCAAGCACUAAGCACUUCAAUUAGAGAGAAAGAGACUCUUGUUUUAAUGAAUAUGACCGAUAAUCAUUUCAGAGUGGAUGUAAAACACUGUACUGCCACUCUCUGUAACUGACGUGUUCCCUCUUUCCUACGUACUUCCCUUUCUCUGCAAUAUAGGUCAUGUAUUUGUGGCAUAUUUGAAUGCAGUUGAAUGGGUUUGUGUGUCUGUGUGCGUGUUUCCCACAAACUCCUCUUCCAUUUAUACACCGGGCCUUAAUACUGAUGCCAAAAAGGGGGAAAAAGAAGCGAAAAGGCAGUGAAGUCCACCAGUGCAAUUUUAUUAUGCUUUCAAGUGAACGUCUGACCACACAAAUUUGCUUGUUUUAUUAUUUAACCAAAACAGUGUUUCUGUAUAGAACAAUACAAAGAAGAGUAAAUGUUUACAAACUUGAUUGUACACAAAGGAAACAAUGCUCUGACACCAAAUGCGUCGUGUAGAUUUAGAUGAAGUUAACAGAAUUGGCGAAAGCACUACGAUAACAGAAUGAACAAUCAGCCAUAAGACUAUGGCAAGCCAAUUUAACAUUUAAUCCUUAAAACAUACUAGUAUCCUGUUCCAUACAACUAGUACUUAUUUUUAGCUACUAGUAUGUAUUCCAUUAAGUACUGGUUCUUAUUCAUUAGCUACUAGUUCUUACUCAUUAGCUAUUCGUUUUUAUUCAUUAGCUACUAGUUCUUCACUAGGCCUCCUUUCAUUCACAUAUCAACUAUUUAGUUCCGACUAGUAUGUAUUACAAUAGUGAGUAGUGUAUUUUUAAAUGUUACUAGUAAGUAUUCGUUAGAUACUAGUACAUAUUUAUUGACUACUAGUAUUUUUCAUUAGAUACAAGGGCCUAAAUAGGUACCAGUAUCUAAUAAAAAAAGUAUGCAUACAUUCAUUAGUUACUUCAUUAGUUGUAUUUUAGACUCUAGUGUCUUUUUUUACUUGUCUGAUGUUAUGACUAGUCAGAAUUGCCACUGUAGAGUUCAAUUAAAAAUCUUACUUGUAACAUUUGUUAUAAGUACUAGUAUCUAAUGAAUAAGUACUGGUAUCUGUUUAAUAGGCGCACGUAUCUAAUGAAUACGUAUCAGUAGCCAAUCAAUAAGUGCUAGUAUAUAAUGAAUAAUGUAAUAAUAGGUACUAGUAUUUAAAAAAAUAAGUACAACGAGUACUAGUACCUAAUGAAUAACUACUAGUAUAUAAAAAGUACUAGUAACAAUUCUUAUCUUACAAGUCACAAUUCCUUUUUAUUCAUCUUAUGUUAUGGCCACUGUAGACUUCAAUUAAAAAUCUUACUAGUAACAUUUAGAAUAAGUACUAGUAUCUAAUAAAUGUGUACUAGUAUCUGUUGAGUAAGUACUAGUAGCAUGCAAAUAGAUACUAGUAUGUUGUAAGAAUUAAAUGUUAAAGCGGCUUGCCAUAAUAAGAAUAUUCAUAUUCAUGACUGUUUGUUGGGCAUUGGGUAGGUCAGUCACAAUAGGGACACGUGAGGCCUUCUGGGAAGUUCAAGUUCAUUGAAGUUGCUUGCAUUAAGUGCGAUAUGUUCAAUAACGAAGGUGUGACUGAUUAAUCGAAAGUGUGUAUAUUUGUUUGGAACAAUUGAAUUUGAGAAUGUAUUUAUUUGAUCAUUUCACUAUUUGUUUUAUAUAUAAUCUAACUGUUUUUAAGAACACAUUCAUUCAGGUUUUCUGGGAGCAAGUACAGUUGAGCAUCAAAUUUCUUUCUCUUCCUGAAGUUUUUUUGUUGUGAAGUUUGAGUGACUCCUUGAGCGGAAAUAUUAAGGUCAAAGUACAAAACUUCCAAUGCAGGAUUCAUAUAGGAAAGUUGUGCUUGAAUGAUGCUUGCGCUCCUGAGCCAUAGUUCAACCCAUUGAAAUUUAAAAUGAUUUUUCAUUUACUUUUUUCCUUUUUUACAGAGCACAGUACAAUGUUAUCUUGUCUGACAACUGAAAUGAAUGAGAUGUCAAUGGCUCACUGUUUGUUAAUGAUUGUUGCAAUUACAGCACCACAGUAAAGUUUUACAUUUCGA